GCAUUCUCCACCGCUGCUGCAGUCCCCACUCAGCACUUCUCAGACUUCGGACCUCAGCGUCCAAAGGACUCCCGCUUCUCUUGCCUCUUGGGACAAGUGUAUGAUAGCCGCUCUUCGACCUCUGGGUGCGAAAGACGUGGCGAGGAUUAGGGCCGCAGCUCGAGGAUCAUCUCUAGACGCUGUGCUUGAAGCUUCCGACUUUGAAGGCAUUUGACAUUGGCACGCGAGUCACAAAAGCACCACCUUGGUCCCACUUCUAUCAUGACAGCAUCGUCGACCGAAGUAGACGCAGUGGAGGAGAUUGACUAUGAAGGUCUGGGCGCCUCGACACCCUUGCACAUCAACAUGAUUGCGGGUGCGCUCGCUGGGGUCAGCGAGCAUGCGGUCAUGUUCCCCGUCGACGUCGUUCGAACGCGAAUGCAGGUUCUAGCAGCAGCGCCAGCAGCGACGUACUCUGGCGUAGCGGAGGCGUUCUCCCGUAUCAGCACUGCCGAAGGAGCAAGGGCAUUAUGGAGAGGCGUCACAUCGGUCAUUCUCGGCGCUGGGCCAGCACAUGCGCUGUACUUUGGAACGUAUGAGGCGGUCAAGGAGCUUACGGGAGGGAAUAACGAAGGGCAUCAAUUCGCCAGCACGGCUUUCGCUGGUGCAUCAGCAACCAUUGUCUCGGAUGCAUUCAUGAACCCAUUCGAUGUCAUCAAACAGCGCAUGCAGAUGCAUGGAACCGUACAUCGAUCUGUCUUUCGAUGCGCCUCGACUGUCUACCAGCAAGAGGGCCUGCGCGCCUUCUACGUGUCAUACCCGACCACGCUCACCAUGACGGUCCCUUUUACUGCGGUUCAAUUCUCUGUUUACGAAUGGGCCAAGAAGGUAUUAAAUCCGAGCGACAACUACUCGCCUUUGGCGCAUGCGAUAGCAGGCGGAUUCUCGGGAGCCGUGGGCGCUGCGGUCACAAAUCCGCUCGAUGUUGCCAAGACGCUUCUGCAGACGAGGGGGACAAGCACAGACGCAACGAUCAGGAAUGCGUCGGGCAUGUUCGAGGCUUUCCGAAUCAUUAAGCAACGAGAAGGGAUGAAAGGGUUCGCACGGGGGCUGGCACCAAGGGUGCUGACGUACAUGCCAUCGAAUGCUCUAUGCUGGCUGUCGUAUGAGGGCUUCCGCUUCUUCCUAAACGAACGCAACAAGGCGCUGUAAUUGCAAGGCAUGCCAGCCAUUUCAGACAUAAUGCUGGAAACUAUGCAGCGUUUAUGCCGCACAUCUUUCGCUCUUUCUCUUUUUUUCCCCAAAGGGG